UUCAGAAUUUUAUUUUGUUUUUACUUUGAAGACACGAGGUGAUCAGGGUUGUUUUGUUGUGCAUAUCUUACCGCCCAUGUCUCUGUUAGGAAGGCUUUUUUUGGUGACAGUUUGAUUUGGAAGAAGUCCCAGUCAUCAACAUCAGUAAAUCACUGGGGGUGUGUUUAUUGCCCAAUUUUGAGUUUUCAAACUAGAAUAGAAACAUGUAGCACUGAGAUCAAUGUGUCCAUAAUUAGCUUGAAUCACAGAGCACCAUGACGGGUUCUUACCACCGAUCUCCUUUCCUGUGAAUUCUGUUUUUUAUAAUGCUCUGUACUGUAGUAGGUUAAGCACGAAGGAAAUUGCAUAGACUCUUUUGGACCGUCAGGGAAAUGCUCACUUCAUCCUUUUCGUCCCCCCAAACUACAAACAGCAGCUAGACACAGGGAACAAAUGACUCAAUGCAUUUUCGCAGUGGAUACAAAGGAAGACAGGAAGGCCAGGCCCCCUCAACCGAGAUUUGCAAUUGUGGCUUGGUAAAGGUCUUUUUGUUCACUUAUAGACAAAAAAAAAAAAAAAAAAAAAAAAACUUCUCGGUAGUGGCGUGAGAAAUAGUUACGCGUCACCACAGAAAGCAAAAAACUAGUGGCGUCGCUACAGUGCAUUGCGAAUUUCAUAAACACUUUUCAUUCUGGAGUUAGGUUUAGAACGGAGGUUUCAGGACUUCGGCCACCAGAUGGCACUGACCUGCAAACAAAGGAGAAAUCACAGUGGCACUGACUUUUUAAAAGCCAUGUAAAAUCGCGCCGCCUUCCCGGAGUCAAGGACUCUGUAGGGAUGAAGGCUCACUUUGCUCUGCGCUGUGCGUCUGUGUCUAACAAUGCAUGCUUCGCGUUCAAUUGCUUUUCUUUCCAGAAUUCCUAGGCAACGCGCCCUCGAGGUGAAUCUCCAAGGGGAGGCGCUGGGGGUGUGGGAGCCCGGGUGCUCCUCGGGGCGCCGUCAUGUGAUCCCACGAUGAGGUGGAGUUCGGCUUUAAGGGGCGUCUCUUCCUAUCUUCAGCAAUCUCUAGGGUUUGAGCAGGAGAAAUAGCAGCGGAUCUUUGCUGCUGUCCCUGCUCCCUCGCAGGGCACCUUUCCUGCUCUAACAAACGGGCGAAAAAGACGAAUUCAAAAGACGAUAUAUAUUGGAACAGUAAAUGCCAAAUUGUCUUCUUUUGCAAAGAUCAGGUUGUUCCCUUCAUGGGAAUGAAGAAUUCCAAGUAAUAACGGUAGAUGGAGUCCAAUAAGGGAAAGAAGAAUAAACUGAACAGUUAAAAUGAUUUGAAGAAACAUACUGUGCAUUUGUUCAAUCUGUAACAACAAAAACAAUCAAAAUGAAUUCAACAUUAUUUUCCCAGAUUGAAAAUCAUUCAGCUCACUAUAAUUUGUCAGAGAAGAAUUCCCCAUUUCUGGCAUUUGAAAAUGAUGAUUGUCAUCUGCCCUUGGCUGUGAUAUUUACCUUGGCUCUUGCUUAUGGAGCUGUGAUCAUUCUUGGGAUCUCUGGAAAUCUGGCUUUGAUCUUAAUCAUCUUGAAACAAAAGGAGAUGAGAAACGUCACCAAUAUCCUGAUCGUGAACCUUUCCUUCUCAGACUUGCUUGUUGCCAUCAUGUGUCUUCCCUUCACAUUUGUCUACACGCUAAUGGAUCACUGGGUCUUUGGCGAGCUGAUGUGCAAACUGAACCCCUUUGUGCAGUGUGUUUCAAUCACUGUGUCCAUUUUCUCUCUGGUUCUUAUUGCUGUGGAGCGACAUCAGCUGAUCAUCAACCCACGAGGGUGGAGACCAAACAACGGACAUGCUUACAUAGGUAUCGCUGUCAUCUGGGUUCUUGCGGUGGCUUCUUCUCUGCCCUUCCUGAUCUAUCAAGUGCUGACUGAUGAGCCAUUCCAAAAUGUAACCCUGGAGGCCUUUAAAGACAAGUUGGUAUGCUUCGAUAAAUUUCCGUCGGAUUCUCACAGGCUGUCUUACACUACUCUUCUCUUGGUGCUGCAGUACUUUGGUCCACUCUGCUUUAUAUUUAUAUGCUACUUUAAGAUAUACAUUCGCUUAAAAAGGAGAAACAACAUGAUGGACAAGAUGAGAGACAAUAAGUACAGGUCCAGUGAAAACAAAAGAAUCAACAUUAUGCUGCUGUCCAUUGUGGUGGCAUUUGCCGUCUGCUGGCUUCCUCUUACCAUCUUCAACACUGUGUUUGACUGGAAUCACCAGAUCAUUGCCACAUGCAACCACAAUCUGUUAUUCCUGCUGUGCCACCUCACAGCAAUGAUAUCCACCUGUGUCAACCCCAUAUUUUAUGGGUUCCUGAACAAAAACUUUCAGAGGGACUUGCAGUUCUUCUUUAACUUUUGUGAUUUCCGGUCUCGGGAUGAUGACUAUGAGACAAUAGCCAUGUCUACCAUGCACACAGAUGUGUCAAAGACUUCUUUGAAGCAAGCAAGCCCAAUUGCAUUUAAAAAAAUCAGCAGUGAUGAUAACGAAAAAGUCUGAACGUGUCUGGAGGGCAUGGUCUCGCUGACAUCUGUUUAAAUGCAAGCACAGCCUGCUGCAUACUUGCAUUUACCUGUUCUCCCGAGGAAUGGGGGUGAAAUCAUUUGAGACAGACCAAGAGUUUCUUGUCUUGUUUCACUGCUUUUGUCAUGGUUGUCAUGAUUACAUUUGGAACAAAAUGUGGGGGCUUUAGAAUCUCCCUGCAAUAGUUUUAGCUAGAUUUCCUGAAAGUGCUUUUUACAAAAUUAUGCAUAUAAUAUGAAGACUUUGAGACUCUAUUUAUUGGAAAGAUUUUUUUUUGAAAUAUUAUGAGAAACUGACUUCAGAAGCCCCCUGAAACUCGCAUUAUAUUGGGCCACCUUGAUUAUAUUAGAGUGUGAUUACACUGGGUCACCCUAAUUAACGAGAGGCAUCACUUUAUCUGCUACAGAGGUGGCAGCAUGCAAAGUUUACAGUAAGAAUAUGGAACCAAAGGAGAGUCUAAAGUUAUUCAGGAGUGAUUUGUCUUUUUAUUUCUAAUGUUAAGAGAUGACUUAAUUGUUUCUCCUAAUUGAGUAUCAUUGAAGGUGAAAAUGUAUAAAAAUGCUUUUCAGCUAUGAAUAACACAGGGAAUUAGACCACAUACAAGAAUGAAGUGGGAAAUCAAUUCCCUGAUUUCUAAACUAUUUUGGUACCUGACAACCAAAGCAUUUCAGAGUAAUUAGUUUAAUAAGUAAAUUAGUAUUACUGUAAAUAAACUAUAUUUAUUUGAACUGAUAGUCAAGAGGUUCCCUUCCUUUACAGACUGUUCAGUGUUUAUCAAGCUUUCUGACACCAUCAUGUAAUUCAGAAGACAUUUCUAGCUUAUGGUAUAUAGAAAUAGGAAAUGUAUUUUCUAUACAGCAGUGCCUAUAUAGUAAAUUAUUUUUAACUUUCACUGACCAUCUUUCAAAGCUAAGAAUACCAAGAGACAAUGCUUUAAAAAAAUGUUCACUUUAGCUAGCAAUUAUAAAUGCCUAAAAGCUUCCUAUAGCUCUGUUACUUUGUAUAAUCUGUGUGAUUUGUGAAAUUUUAUAAACCACACACUAUAGCAAGUACUGGGUGUUUGUGGUGUGCUAAUAUACUUAAUUUUGUGUAUCUUGUAAUCAUGAUCGAGCCUCAUAAUGUUUUUGAGAAAAGACAUUUUGAAGAACAAGACACAUCUUCAAUGUAUUAUACAAAG